GCAUCGCCUGGAAAGCUUCAUGCAUUGCCCCACCUGGGUCGGGCAUUCACAGAUGUGCAAGAGGCAAAGCAGGUGGCAGCUGGAGUCAGUUUCGUGCAGAAGUCGUUGGAGAGUUUCAAUGUCCGCUCUGUCAAGACGACGCUGCUCGUGGACAUGUUCGGAUACGACGCAUUCCCUGCGUUGGCAAGCCUGCAGGAGACACAAGAAGGCCGUGAUUGCCUUUGUGCCACACUAUGCUUUGAGAACAGUGGGCAGGACCUCAUCAACAGAAUUGCCAACGAGGUGUACGAGCAAGCGAGGUCCGGCCAGUUGCAGCUAUCAUCGUUCCCUUCCUUUGAGCCCUUGGUGAACGCUCUGAAGCAAGGCAAUGCCACGCAGGAGUCCAAGCACUACAGAGUCAGUGUUCAACGACACGACCAGCUCUUGGUUUUGGACACUUAUGCCCGCAAGUGGUUGGAUGAUUCCAAUUUCGCUGAUCAGGCCAACGAAGUGAUCAAGAAUCACAACGCCGAAUACAAUGCUUCAGGUGACUUCCUCAUGACAUCUGAAGAGGCAGGAGAUGAUGCAGCAGAAUCGGUGGAGAGACCUACCAAGCGGAUCAAGCUGGAAUCAUGCAAGACAGAGGACGUCAUGAAGCUUCCACAGUCGAAGGUCCUGCAGAUCAACAACACUUGCGAUUUGGUUGCUGGUGGGGACAAGAUCUACAUGUCCAGCAGGAAUCGAAACCAGUUUUUCCAAUUGCGUGAGAUGUUUAGCUUUGGCUCUGGUGAAUGGCGCUCUGGGAAGGAGGCGAGCGAGACAACAGAAGAUCCUGAUGGCCGUUGGUUCUCCUUUGAUAUCUCUGGGUCGGACUACAUCAUCCUCGAGAAGAAGUCCCUACCCACCCACCUUCAGGCCUUUGAGAAUGCUGACACGGCCGUCACACUGCAAAGCAUCAUCAGUGACCUGCAGGAUCUUGGUGAGGUGAAGAUGGAACUCAGUCACCACGAGCAAGACUCUGAUGGGAACUUCAAAUCAGCAAAGCCGCUGGUUUUCGUGCUUGAUGAACCACCAGAGGAUGGAGUCAAGAAGGAGAAUAAGAAACCGAAGAAAACCGCGCCAAUUACAGCGAAGACGUUCGGUGCCUAUGUCUCCAUUCCCGGUGUGAAGGAUGCAGACAACCUAUGCCUGGCCUGGAGAUGCAG